AUGGCAAGUCGUGCUUCGCUCGAUCGUACUCGAGUCCAUCAGACUUCAUCCGCAGACCAAGUGACUGCCUCCGACCCUGAGAAGCACGAACCCCCGACCUCGAAUAACAAGGAAGCUCAAGGGCAAGUCAACGGGGCCAUGGAGGACGGAGCAACAGGCCUCAACAAGGUCGAGGCCGCAGCUUCCGUCUGGACCAAGAAGACAUUGCUGGUGAUCUACGCCUGGAUCUGGGUCUGUUUCUUCAUGCUCGCCUUCCACUCCUCGAUCGGCCUCAACGUCUUGGUGUACGCAUACGCGAACUUCAACACCGCCCCGGAGAUCUCGACGGCCGCGAUCCUCGCGACCGUCGUCGGCGGCGUGAUGAAGCUACCGGUCGCCAAGAUUCUGAACGUCUGGGGCCGCGCGGAAGCCCUCCUCAUCUUCACAUGCCUCUUCGUGCUGGGGAUCAUCGUCCUGGCCGCCUGCACGGGGCCCAGCGGGUUCGCCGCCGGCUACGUGCUGUACUGGGUGAGCUACAACGCCCUGUACCUGAUCCUGGAUGUAUUCAUGGCCGACACCUCGGGGCUGCGCAACCGGGCGUUCGCGUUCGGGUUCGCCAACACGCCCUUCAUCUGCACGGCGUUCACCGGCCCGCUCGCCGCGCAGUCGUUCCUGUCGAUGACCUCGUGGCGCUGGGCCUACGGCGCCUUCGCCAUCAUCUUCCCCUGCGUGUUCCUGCCCCUGGCGGUGGUCUUCAAGUUCCACGAGCGCAAGGCCAAACAACUGGGCAUCUACACCCCCCGCCAGAGCAACCGCACCUGGCCCCAGUCCGUGCUGCAUUACAUCCACGAGUUCGACGUCCCCGGCGCCCUCAUCCUAAUCGCCGCAUUCAUCCUCCUCCUCCUCCCCUUCAGCCUCACCGUCUACGGCCGGGCGCAAUACAGCUCAGCGACCUUCAUCGCGAUGCUCAGCAUCGGCUUCAUGCUCCUCCUCGCCUUCGCCGUCUGGGAGCGGCUGUACGCCCGCCGCGCGUUCAUCCGGUACGAGCUCCUGCGGCAGCGCACCGUGCUGGGCGCGUGCCUGCUGUCCGCGUUCCUGAACCUCGGCUACGCGGCGUGGGACCUGUACUUCCUGAACUUCGCGAUGGUGGUGCACGACCUGACGCCGGCGGCGGGCGGGUACAUGAACCAGAUCUACAACAUCGGGUCGUGCUUCUGGGCCCCGCUGUUCGGGCUGUACAUCCGCCGCACCCGCCGGUUCCGGGCCGCGUGCCUGUACUUCGGCCUCCCGCUGAUGCUCCUGGGAUCCGGGCUGAUGGUCUACUUCCGCGGCGAGCACCAUCCCAUCGGGUAUGUGGUGAUGUGUCAGAUCUUCAUUGCGGCUGCGGGCGGUACGCUGGUGAUUGGCCAGGAUAUGGCGGUCAUGGCGGUCGCGGAUCACGAUGGCGUGCCGAUGAUGCUGUCGGUGCUGGGGCUGUUUGCCAGUUUGGGCGGCGCCGCCGGGAAUACCGUCGGGUCGGCGGUGUAUACCAAUGUCUUUCCGGACCGGCUGCGGCAGGCGUUGCCGGCGGCGGCCCAGGAGGAUUGGGCCGAUAUCUAUCUCGGUGGGUAUCUGGCCCAGAUGGCCUACCCCGUGGGCUCGGAGGUGCGCACGGCCAUCAACUUUGCCUGGGGCGAGAGUCAGAAGUAUAGCUGUAUUGCCACCACGGCGGUGCUGGCGCUCGGGUUCCCGUGUAUUCUGAUCUGGAAGAAUGUGAGCGUCGAUCAGAGGCAGAAUAAGGGGGUGAUGCUGUAG